GAGGGGGAGAGGAAGAGCCAUUUAUUUAUUCCUGAAAAGAAAGGAGGUAGGAAAUUGAAAAGCUAAUAUACAGCUAGACAUACGUACUUUAAAGAGAAGGAUGCUUUGGAAGAUUUUGCUGCUGCUGCUGUUCUAUUACAGUGCUCAUGCCACUGUGACCCACAGAUGGAGCAGAGCUAUGCUCUUCCCAGCUGCUCAGCGAUUCAAGAGGUCCUCAGCUGCCUUCCUUAAUCCAGUGCUACAAAACUCGCUGGAAGAUGUCGUCCUGCUUUAUGAGUUUCUUUUAGCUGAGCUUGACAUUGACAAAGUUCAGAGGAUCUCCAUCAAAGAUGAGGAGCUUGCUUCACUGAGGAAGGCUGCUGAGUUUGACAUCAUUUGCAAUGAGAUUAUCCCCAAGAGCAUCACAGAGAUCCGCAGGCUGAGUAGCAGGCUGUCUUCCUACCCACGGGUCCUCAAGAAAGAAGACUUUGAAAGGACAGUGCUGACCAUGGUGUACACAGCCUACAGGGCUGCUCAGUCCCAGGGGCACCAGAAAGACGCUUGGGCUGAAUCCUUUGUCAGUCUUUACAAAGCCCUGAAGCACGACUUGAUGUUCCCAUACAAUGAAGAGCCAUCAUAGUGGGAGACUUGAUGCAAUGGCCACUCAGCCACCUCUUCUGGUUGAUAAGGGACACAUAGCACAUCCACCACUU